AUGGUUCUGGGUGGUCCAGAGGUGCCCCAGAUAUCAAGAUUCAGAAAACCGUGGCUAAUCAGCGUGUUCCUUCUUCAUCAUCAUAUUCUUCUUCUUCUUCUUCUUCGUCUUCUUCUUCUUCUGGCACAAAGAGCACCUCACGUGCCUUUGUUUGAACAACCAAAGAACCAGACAGUUCGAGUUGGGGAAACUGCAGUGUUUUCCUGCAGAAUUGAAAUUAGUGAUACCCACCCACAUAUACAGUGGCUCAAGCAUCAUCAAGUGAAUGGGUCAUACACCAAUGAAAAUGGAGAGCAGUAUUUCCAGAUUGUGCAGACUGCUACGGUUAACAACAGCAACCCAGAGGUCUUGAUUUUACAUAAUGUGACAAAAGAUGACGAAGCCAGGUACACAUGCUUGGUCCGCAAUGCCAUUGGCCCUAGCUUCAAGUCAGCAUACCUACAGGUCAUUGAAGAUCAUGAGAUCUCUACCCCGAUGGCAGUAAUCAGAGUGAAGGAGAAAAACAUCACUUUAAUCCUGGUCGUGGUAGUAGUUCUUGUGGUGAUGUUGGCAAUGCUGUCUGUGGGACUUUGGUAUGCCCACUGUCGCUGUGUCAAGAAGAAGCAGAGCCAGAAUCAGAAGAAAAGAAUCAUUAUAAUGAAACCGAAUGAUCUGUACUACCAGCAGAAGGAUCCAGAGGCUGAUGCAUCAUUGAUGAUCCCUCAGAUUCGUAUUAUCAAGGGAGGUUACACAAGUAGCGAUAGUGGCAGACGGAGAAGACCUUCAUCAGACUUUACUGAAAUUUCAGAAUAUGAAGUUCCUCUCGACACCAAGUGGGAAUUCCCCAGGGAAAGACUUCAGCUGGGUGAACGUCUGGGGGAGGGAGCCUUUGGCCUGGUGGUUAAAGCUGAAGCCAUGGGCCUACUCAGUAGCAACAGUAAUACGGCAACUACAGUGGCUGUGAAAAUGUUGAAGAAGGAUGCCACAGAUCGGGAGAUGAUGGACCUUUUCAGGGAGAUGGAGACAAUGAAACUGAUCGGAAAGAAUAAAAACAUAAUCAACCUUCUGGGUUGUUGUACUCAAAGGGGACCCCUGUAUGUUAUUGUUGAAUAUGCACCCUACGGGAACUUGCGAGACUUUCUGAAAACACACAGGCCACCUAACCCUGGUGUUCCCUCCAUGAUAUCUGAAUACGAGCAGCCCAUUCUCCCAUUUAAUGAAGAAAUGAAAAUUCUAACACAAAAGGACUUGAUAUCUUUUGCUUACCAAGUUGCCAGAGGCAUGGAUUAUCUGGCAUCAAAGCAGUGUAUUCACCGAGAUCUGGCAGCCAGGAAUGUCCUGGUAUCGGAAGAUUAUGUUCUGAAACUGGCAGACUUUGGAUUGACUCGAAAUCUCUACCAUUUUGAUUACUACAGAAAAACAACAGAUGGGAGAUUACCGGUGAAAUGGAUGGCUCCUGAAGCUUUAUUUGAUAGAAAGUAUACCUCCAAAAGUGAUGU